UGUAUGGGAAAAGUGUAUUUUAAUGCGCGGUUUGAUGACGUAAGGUUGGUUGUCAAACGCGAAAUGGCGAGCGUGCUAAGAGGCCCGCUAGCAGCAGAAAUAAGGAUUUUUAUCACGCUUUUUUACUUAGAAUAUGGAGAUGGUUGUAGCAUUUUGCAAACACUGGCUCCUUGAUCAGCCUUUCCACACUCAGAACUGCCUGUUCAUGCUCCUCUGUUGUUGCAGGGCAGGCUCAGGUGAGUGAUGGCGGCGGGGGCCGAGGUGGAGGUCAAUGGAGGUAGCGAGUACCCGGGGCUCUACAAAGUCAUGAUGGGCAAACUUAACGAACAGCGACAACUGGAUCAGUUUACAGAUAUUACCCUCAUAGUGGAUGGACACCACUUCAGAGCCCAUAAAGCAGUGUUGGCAGCAUGCAGUCAGUUUUUCCACAAGUUCUUUCAGGAUUUUACUCAGGAACCUCUGGUGGAGAUAGAAGGAGUGAGCAACACAGCCUUUUGCCAGCUAAUGGAGUUCACGUACACAGCCACGCUAGCGAUAUCUGGGGAGGAAGAGGCGCUCGACGUGUGGAAGGCUGCUGAAUACCUACAAAUGCAGGAAGCCAUCAAAGCACUCAAGAAAAUAAAUUCCUCAAUGACAACAAGGAGCAGAGCUCAAAAGAGAACGAUUGCAGAAACAUCUAAUGUGAUUACAGAAACCUUACCGACAGUGGAGGGAGACCAGGUGGAGAUUGAAGUGGUGGAGUCCGGCUUGGAGGAAGUGGUCGAUGAAAAGACUACACAAGCAGCAUCACAUGACUCUGCGUUGGCUCUUCUAGCUGACAUAACUAGCAAAUACCAGCAAGGGGAACCAACAAUUCAUGUGAUCAAAAAGGAUGAAGAAGAGGUCCUGUAUCAGGAAGAAACUGUGACAGCCUCCAAGGUGUUGGAGAACGUUGAAGUUGUCGAAGUCCAGAUCUCCCAAGGAGACAACAUCUUCCGCUGCAGCAAGUGUGACCGUAGUUUUAAGCUGUACUACCAUCUCAAACAGCACCUAAAAACUCACCUGGGCUCUAUGGAGAAGCCUUAUGUGUGUAACCACUGUGGGAAAGCCUACACAAGGGAGGGUGCCCUGAAACAGCACAUCAGCACCUUUCAUUUUGAUGCGGAGGAACUUUCUCGAGGGCAGAAAAUUCAAAAGAAAGUCCACAUCUGUGAAUAUUGUAAGAAGCAAUUUGACCACUUUGGCCACUUUAAGGAGCACUUACGGAAGCACACUGGUGAAAAGCCUUACGAGUGUCCAGAUUGUCAUGAGCGAUUUGCAAGGAACAGCACACUGAAAUGCCAUAUGGCCGCCUGUCAGAAUGGGGCAGGAGCCAAGAAAGGACGAAAGAAGCUCUAUGAAUGCCAGGUCUGCAGUGACGUCUUUAUAAGCUGGGACCAGUUCAAGGAGCAUCUUAUGUGCCACACGGGAGACAAGCCCAACCAUUGCACCAUGUGUGACCAAUGGUUCACCCAAGCCAAAGAACUUAAAGCGCACCUCAGAGAUGUACAUUCCAUUGAAGAUGAAUCAACGAAGCAGCUGGUCAUCACCGACUCCGCGGCGUCUGCCGCCCUCACCAUAGCUACACAAAGCAUCGAGGGCGCUGAAACAGUCCUGCUGGAUGAUGGCAUUCACGUGGAACAUGUAACAGUAGAGCCUAUGGAUGUAAUGACAAUGGAAGAGACUACAACGGUCGUAGUGGAGGACGGAGGAGUGGGUGGGAUAUGCGAGGAGGACCUGGAGAGACUAAAGCAGGCAGGGUUGCAGAUCCAAGUGGUCCACGUGAGCACAGAUACAGCUGACGAGCCCCAGGUAGUCCACUCUGAGGUGGAAGUAGAGAUAUAGAGGAUGAAAUGGUGAACCUAGAGGAAGCAGAACAACCAAUUGCUGUAUGAUAAUAAAACAAGCAUUCUCUUAAAAGUACAUGGUCUUUCAUUAUCAAGCUGAUUUUUUUUCUACUGCAAACACCUUAUUUUUUUAUGGAAUCCUGCAUGUGGAAAUACCACAUAUCCCUAUAUUCAGCUGUCACAUUGAACGUCCAUGUCCCUCGUUCUCUGAAUCUUUAAAGAGAUUUCCGUUAUGAUUUCUUAAAAAUAUUGUUCAUUUUAAAGCUGAUUUGAUUCUUCUUUGCUUCAGCAAUCCAUCUUCAUCUACUUAUUUCUGCUAAUUAAAUGGUUUAUUUCAAAUCACA